UCUUUACUGUAUGUAAAUGAAACAAAAGCGCUGGAGCUGCUCUGUUGCUAUCCCGUAGCUGCAGCCCCAUCACUAGUCUCUUUCCAGGAGGCUGUUGGCGUGGUAACAGGCGAGGCUGAACGGGAGAGGGAGGAAGGACGCUGCGUAACACGAAACGAGCGAGCUAGCUAGCUAGGGCUGUCGAGGCGGUUGCUGCUGCUGCUGCUGGCUAAAUGCGCGAACGGCGCUCGGGGUUCCUGCCGCUGCUGGGUUCACCUCCGCCACUCCAACAAAAAUAGAUUCCGGUCGGCGGCGCAUCAGAAGCGGAAAACAGAUGGACCAGCAACCCCAGUCCUACAUGCUUGCCAGUCUGACGCGGCCGCACUCCGAGCAGCUCCUGCAGGGCCUGCAGCUCCUCCGGCAGCAUCGCGAGCUCUGCGACGUGGUCCUGCGGGUCGGCGAUGCCAAGAUUCACGCCCACAAAGUGGUGCUUGCAAGCAUCAGCCCCUACUUCAAGGCCAUGUUCACGGGCAACCUUUCAGAGAAGGAGAACUCGGAGGUGGAGUUCCAGUGCAUCGACGAGGCCGCGCUGCAGGCCAUUGUAGAGUAUGCGUACACUGGCACAGUGUUCAUCUCGCAGGACACAGUGGAGUCCCUGCUGCCGGCUGCCAACCUGCUGCAGGUGAAACUGGUGCUGAAGGAGUGCUGUGCCUUCCUGGAGAGCCAGCUGGAUGCCGGCAACUGCAUAGGCAUCUCCCGCUUCGCCGAGACCUACGGCUGCCACGACCUCUACCUGGCUGCCACCAAGUUCAUCUGCCAGAACUUCGAGGAGGUGUGCCAAACGGAGGAGUUCUUCGAGCUGACACGGGCCGAGCUGGACGAGAUCGUGUCCAACGACUGCCUGAACGUGGUGACGGAGGAGACGGUGUUCUACGCGCUGGAGUCCUGGAUCAAAUACGACGUGACGGAGAGGCAGCAGUACCUGGCCCAGCUGCUGCACUGCGUGCGCCUGCCCCUGCUCAGCGUCAAGUUCCUCACCCGCCUGUACGAGGCCAACCACCUCAUCCGCGACGACCACGCCUGCAAGCACCUGCUCAACGAGGCGCUCAAGUACCACUUCAUGCCCGAGCACCGGCUGUCCUACCAGACCGUGCUGUCCACGCGGCCCCGCUGCGCCCCCAAGGUGCUCUGCGCCGUGGGCGGGAAGGCCGGGCUCUUCGCCACACUCGAGAGCAUGGAGAUGUAUUUCCCCCAGACGGACUCCUGGAUCGGCCUGGCGUCCCUCAGCGUGCCCCGCUACGAAUUCGGCAUUGCGGUGCUGGACCAGAAGGUGUUCGUGGUGGGCGGGAUCGCCACUCACAUGCGGCAGGGCAUCAGCUACCGGCGGCACGAGAGCACCGUGGAGUGCUGGGACCCCGAGACCAACAUGUGGUCGCCAGUGGAGCGUAUGGCGGAGUGCCGGAGCACGCUGGGAGUCGUGGUCCUGGCGGGGGAGCUGUACGCGCUGGGGGGGUACGACGGGCAGUACUACCUGCAGUCGGUGGAGAAGUACAUCCCCAAGGUGAGGGAGUGGCAGCCCGUGGCGCCCAUGAUGAAGUCGCGCAGCUGCUUUGCCACCGCCGUGUUGGACGGCAUGAUCUACGCCAUCGGGGGCUACGGCCCGGCGCACAUGAACAGGCCCCCAGAAUCAACUAGAGAGCAAGGGUACUGCGACAGGGGACAGAUUGUGGAGCGGUAUGACCCCAGCAAGGACUCAUGGGAAAUGGUGGCCCCAAUGGCAGACAAGAGAAUAAACUUUGGGGUGGGCGUCAUGCUGGGUUUCAUCUUUGUGGUGGGCGGACACAACGGCGUCUCUCAUCUGUCUAGCAUAGAGAGGUAUGACCCUCACCAGAACCAGUGGACAGCAUGCCGGCCAAUGAACGAGCCCAGAACAGGAGUGGGUGCAGCUAUUGUGGACAACUACCUCUAUGUGGUUGGAGGUCACUCGGGAUCGUCAUACCUGAACACAGUCCAGAGGUACGACCCCAUCACAGACAACUGGUUGGACUCCAGUGGCAUGAAGUACUGUCGCUGUAACUUUGGUCUGACUGCCCUUUGACAAUUAAUAUGACCGGAUGAUGAAACUGGACUAACAGAAGGUAGAAACUGGUUGCUUUUUUUUUUUCCUUUUCAUUCUGAUUUUUAUUUAAGAGGGUGGGUGGUGGAUGUGAAACGGGUACGGUGAGGCAAUAAAGAGGAAGAAGAGGAGGACGAAGAAAGUUAAAAAAAAGUGCCCAUUUUUGCUGAGCCCCAGGAGCCCCGUUGUGGAUUCUGGGAAAGCGGGGGAGGCAGGGCGGUGGGGGAAAGAGGGGAUCACGGAAGACGAAGCAGUCAGAAAAUAAGGAAGCGGAGACGGAAACUGGCCUGUCGGGAUCAGGCGUUGGACUCCGCAUCACGGACCUGCCGAGCCAGAUGACCAUGGAGUGUGGGCGCGUGUCUGUCAGUCUUUCUGUUGCGACUCUUGUGUUCUGGCGUUUGUGUGCAAUAGAACAGGGGCUCCCAGCCCUGGUCCUGCAGGCCCACACGCCUGCUGGUUUGUGUUCCAGCCCAGCUGUUGUUGACACUAUUGAACCCUUAAUUAACGUAACGAUAGGAUUAAGGUCUGCUUUUUGAUUGUUUUGGGCUCUGAAACACGGUGGAGGUUGCCCUUUGGGCUGUCAGAUUUCAUAAGGGAAAAUAAAAUUACACAAAAAUGUGUAAAUAUCCCAAUCAAGCAACGUGCUAGUUUAUUUAAGGGUUCAGUUAGGUAAUAAAGCUUGGCUGGAAUGUGAAGCAGUGGGUCUCUGGGCCUCAGGAUCGGGAACCCCUGUAAUAGAGGGCCGCCCUUACCCUGCCCUGUCGCCUUCUGGACUAAAAGUUAAGGUGUCAGUCAAAGGGGCAGAAAGGCAGUUCUAAUGGGGUUCUUUUUUGUUAUGGAUAUUAUAAUUUUACCUUUUUUUCCCCCUUGGCCACACUCCAGUUUUAAGUCUGUGUUUUUUUUUUAACUAUUUCCACUAUUGGUGGAAGGCAAAGAGACGCAGUUCUCUUAACUAACCUUGAUGUGUGUGUGCGUGCUUGUAGGUGUGGGUGUGUGAGCACACACGUGUUGGUUCUCAUGCGUCUGCGGUUUUUGUGCGUCACGUGACUUGUAGCCAGACAUUUGCAUCUCUCUGGCCACAGGAGGUCCGACUGCAUCUGUUAAUGGACAUGAACCAGUGCUUCACAAGAAAGAAAAAAAAAACAACUUUAUACUUGUUCACUUAAAAAAGGGCUGCCUUUUUUUCUUGUAAAUAACUGAAGUGAAAAAAAUCCUCUAGUGCGAUGCCUGUAAAUGUUUUCUGCACUGGGUUUCUAGUUAGGGGACGUGUGUGUUUGUGGAGUGGCUGAGAGAGGAGUAGUGAUUUUAACGAGCGCAAUAUAUUUCAGUGAGCUGUGGGUCACUCUCCACACUACUUUGCUAUAGAGGUGUGACCCUCCUGGGAGGGCCAACUUUAACCUUCGACUUAACCAGUUUAAUUGUAAGAAACGCCUACACUGAGGGUGUGUAACACGUCAGUGUUCCCCCCCCGCUGUAAUCCUUCUCACAUAGCCGCUGUAGAAGCAUUUUGGAAACGAUACUCUCUCUGGUGCUAUCAUAGGAUUCAGGAUAAAACCGUUAAUGAUGUCUUUAUGGCAGUGUGGUGUUUCUCGGUGCAUGUGUUAUUCCACCAGUUUUCUUUGUCAUUGUUGUAAUUUUGUGCCUGUACACGCAUUCAUCUGCCAAUUUUUAUUUUUGUAACAAAAACUAUAAAGGAACAGAAAAGGGAAAGUGAAAACGCUUUUUGUUCGGGCUGACGAGCGGGCUCCAUGCAAUAAAUCGCUAUGCCUUAGCAGGCCUGCAUCCCUACGAGCUGUGGUGGUUAUCUACAGCCCUAGAGACACUGGCAUCAGGCCUCACUCAGCCAUUUGCCAUAUUCAUCCUCUCUUUUCUCUGGUUCUCCGAACUGCUAGCGAGCUGAGUCACAGUGAUAGACGGACUGGAACUAGACUUCGACCUGCACUGUCAGCCCACGACGGAUUCAAAGUUUCCGUGGGUAGAGAUGCUGUUCUCAAAAGCAGAUGCAGCCAUCCUCCAAAUGGGCAGCAUUGUCAAAAUGCGCUUUCUUUAUGUCCCAAAUAAAGAAGGAGAAAAUCUCACAGGCUCAAAUACAAAGUGCCAAAAUAAAACUUGUUUCUCUAAAGAUGCAUGAAAGACACUCCAGAGUUAUACUAGUUACUGACAAUAAGUAAAUUUAAUGUCCCAGACUAAGGAGUGUUUCAAGUACUUAUACUGUGUUUCCAGUCAGAAGUAACUGGCAACCAUGCGAGUUAAGAUGGUUCUCUGGUCUAAGUCUGAAACCUAUUUUUAAGACAAACUUAAUUAGCCCUCGCAGUCUUUGUUGUCCCUUUUUAAUAGGUCUUGACAAACCAGUGUUUUUAACCACACUGGAGAUAAAAAGGUGAUGCAGUAAAAAAAAAAAAAAGGUCGUCUUAGUUUUUUGUAUUGAUCUGCUGCUGCAGAAAGAAUCCUGGCCAAGCCUGUGUGCUCCUGGAAUUCGGCCCGGGGGAGCAGGCUCUCUGUGAGGUGCAGUGCAUGUUGUGUUCCAGUAGAGGGAGCUGUAGAACAAGAGGAGUCUAAGCAGGGCUACACUGGAGCAAGGGGUCGACGUAGGAAGUUAAAGUUAAAUGUGUCUGUUUUAAAGUGCGGAAAAAUAUUUGCAUGUCGUAAGAAUAUAAAGAAUUGCAUUGCACUUAAUGACUAAUCUUGUAUUUUAUGGACAUCGCCCAUAUUGCAUUAAACUGGGGUCAGUAGCAUUUUACCAUUUUUUUUAAUUAACGCAAUAAGCCUUUUUACUUCCUUGAUGUUUUGUAAUUGUUGACUUUUAUUUUUCCCCACUCACGUGUUCUCUGACAUUGAAUGGACGGGAGCUUAAAACAGGAGUAAUGCCAAUAAAGGUGUGUAUGUGAGCGUGUUUGGUCUAUUUUAUGAUAAUGAAACUGCAAAGUCUUGGCUGCACCGCAGAGCUGUAAUGAGCAAUGUUGUUAUUGUUUUUUUUUACCGAUUUGUCAAGAGAAAAGAUCCCACCUAACUCUUCUAUAACUUUAAGUGUGUUUGCCUGUAUAAACAAACAGCAUUGUGUAUUUCUAGUCCCGUGUCUAUGGAGAGACACACUUUCAAGUUCAGCUGAUGAGAAAAGGUUAACCCUCAGAUAAGUGAAUUCUUCACACCACAGGUAUACCAAAGUAACCAGCUGUCAAUGGGAAUAUUAACUGAUAGUUGUCACAAAUGUCGAUGUGUAUUGUUUUCCUUUCAUCUUGGACAUCAUGAAGGAGAAAUGUUCUCUUCAGUUGUGGCUGUUGUAGAAUCCACUUUUCAUUUUCUCAGUGCAGUUGUGAAAAAGUCAGCCAGUGAAUGUGCUGUAUGUUGCAGUAUUUGUAUUAUUGUGGGAUAUGUAGGUCUCUUACCGGUACAGAAAGAAAAAGGGACCAAUGUUACCAUCAUACUGCAUUUAUUACAGCACACAGUUUUGUCCUGAGAGUGUAAGACUUUAUUGCAUUCUGUAAUACAUUAUUGUUUCUGGUAACCAAUAUUACUAAGAGGAAAAUCAUAUAACUUGGUUAGGCAUUUGGGUAUUUUAUUUUGUCAGAAACAUGAAAACAGAAGUUAGAUUUCAGUUUCUAUAAUAAAUCCUUGGGUCUCUUACAUCCAGCUUAGGCUUCAACUGCAUUGUGGCUAAUUAAUGUCUUGGAUGCUCUCUAGAGCCAAUCAGUACUGUUAAACAAUGAACUUAUUCAUAUCAAUAGUAAGACAAAACUGACAAUAUAAUUCAAGGGAGAAUAAUUAUUUUUAAAUACCCUGUUUUAUGCAAUAUACACUGGUUGAAAAUAAGUAUUAUAUUAAAGUGUAUAUAGGUCUUCCAGAAUUUCAAGACAGAUUGUAGGUAUAAUAUUCAUGACGAUGAACCUGAAGCCCAAGAAAAGUGAUAAGUGAAUCACAAAAGUCAUUUUUGACAAAUGUGUUGCCUUCAAAUAGCUUCCUUAGCAAAUGGCCCCUUGUUUUAUUUGUGCUUGUAUAUGCGAGAAAGAGGCUAAGAGCCAGGUGAUGUAAUGUGUUUGUGUUUAUUGCAAUCCCUGCCGCUUAUGAACUGCUGGCCUUUGGAGGGGGCUGGGAGACAGCUGCUGUGUUCAGAACUAGGCUCCCCUGCCAGGCUGAGGGCUGUACUGCCAGUGUUCUCAGAGCUGUCAUGCCAGGCCAGAGUGGAGUCACACUGGUUUCACAAUGCGCUGCCAAAGCUCUGGGGAUCCUGAGAUGGUGGAUUACCUUCUGAAAGUUUUACUGUUGAGAAUUAUGGUAUAAGUAGGACUGUGGAACAUGAAGCAUAGUGUACUGCACUGGGUGUAAGCUGAAAUAUGGUGCAAAUAGAAUUAGUAAAACAAUAUCAGUGUAUGAUUUCAUGAUUGAAAAGACUCCUUUUCACAAAGCAGAGUGAGCACUGAACCACUGCAGCAAGAUAGUCUUGAUUUUACUCUGGUAAAAAAAAAAACAGGGCAAUUUGUGGUUCCAUUCUUUGAACAGAAAAAUGCCAUUCCAAUCCAAAAUGCGUACCUAACCCAGUGAGGUCGAUUGAGAUCAGCAGCCGGCCAUAAGAACUGGUUGAUAGCAUGCCAAGAUUGCGGUGGCUGUUCUUGCCACUUAGGGAUCAAUUCCACCAUUAGUCAGUAGGUCAAGUCAGUUCAGGAUUGAGUAGAAACGGUGAGAAAGACCCAGACUUUGGAAGCUGAAACCAGCUGCUGUAAUCUGAAAAGCCAGAAUGCCUAGUUUCCUCUUAUGCCCUUGAGAUAAUGGCCUAACCAAGGGUAAUGGUAGCAGUAGUUUAUAUUUGUUUUGCUUUCCAACCUCCACUUUGGCCAUGACCAAAACUUAUACUGAGUGAUCAUCAGAGUCUAUUAUACAUGUUUACUGGUAUUUAAGAUAUAGUGCAAUAAUAUUUUGUACAGGUUUUUUCUAUUAGACUAUUUAAGUGUAAGUGAAUUGAAUGCAUUUGCUUGUUGUAAGUAACUGUUCUGGUUUUCUAGUAUCUCUCUUAGAUGUGUCUGUUGUGUAGUAGACUUUCUCUUCCUUGUUCAGUCAUGGAACUCUGUUAGAAAGAAACAGAUCUUGAACUUUUGAUAUUCACUCAGUAUGAAAUCCAUUAAAUCUCUUUUUGUUGUAUUAAAGUAAUGCAUCAUGACGUUUUUGGGAGGGAGUGAAGAAGUAUGUCACAAUUAAUGUUGAUCGAGAAAACCCACCUAAAUUAAUGUUAAUACUGCAGGUAGUGUUGUUCUGCCUCUAGCAAUAAAUGUGAAGUUAGUUUGCAUAUGAAGCUGUUGUCUUUACCAGCAGAAGGAAUCCAUGAUCCUCUUCAAGCAGGCAUUUGAAUUUGUCAGCCACUGGACUGACCAAGAUUGUGAACAAGAGUGUUAAAGAUACAGUUUGCCCCCUAUCUCACGUAAAUGCAUUAAAUGCAUACAAGAGCACUUAACUGUAGUGACAGGACUGAUGUACACAUAGGUACGCAGUAUUGGAGUAAAAGCAGGGGUUCAAUGCAGUGAAUCCUGUCACUUUCUGAAUUUUCACAGAGUUAAAACGGAGACUGAUUUUGUUAGUGAAAGAAACUAGUGUCCUUUUUUUCUUGGAUGUUUUAUCUCCUUAAUAACAAGUUCGAAUUCCAUCUUUCCCAGAUCAGAAAGCCAUUUAUUCCUGGUAAGAAUCAUGGAACAGAGGUCAGAAGCAUAGAGAGCAAGGUGGGGCUACACUCCAGACAGAACACUAGGCCUGCUAGGAAUAAAAUACACUAAUUAGCCUAAAGAGCAUGGGUUUUGACAGUGGGAAGAAACCCAUGUGAACAUGCGAACUGUGCACAGAAUGUUUAUUAAUCUGGAAUCGAACCCAGUCCCCAUCAUGUUAUAGGUUGAAUUUAUUUGUAAUAUGUGAGUCAUUAAAGUGUGCUUGUCCUUAUUUUUUCCAGUGUGCAAACUAUCCAUUCUAUAUUAUAUACUAUAGAGUGAAUAGACUUUUCGUCAAAAAAAUGCAAAUGUCUGUGGACAGACGUUAGGAGAUAAGAAUAUUAUGGAGAACUGAGUGAGGCAAUCGGAAUGUAGUGUGUUUGUGGGCCUUGUAAGAAAGGUGUAGUUUUUGAAGCUCAGAGAGGGUAAUGGUAUCUUUACGGAAUCUUUUCAAGUGAAACUUAUUUCAUGUAAGCAAGCAAGGCAUUAUUACAGGAGGAGAGCUACAUUAGUUGUGUAACUUGCUGGUGUAAUAUUGAGCUGUGUCUGCUUUAAAAAGUGUGUUUUUUUAUAAACAAUUGAACCAGCUAGAGGUUAACCGUGUCAAGGGCAUAUCACCUUUAUAUUCCGUCAGAUAUAAGUGUGAUAUUCUUCAGCUUGAAACAGGUUGUCCAUGUUUCCAAAAAAAAUGUUCCAGCAGGCUUGAAGUCAAAGACAUACUGGAAACUGCAAGUGAUGAGGGAGGGAGAUCUGUAAUGCCAGUGACUGGAAAUGUUAAGUUGUAAAUGGGGUAUUGAUCCUUGACAAUGUAUGGAACCACUUCAUUUGCAGGACUUCAUUUGUUUUAAACACUUGUUCAUGCCUGAACUCAUCCUUGUUUGCCAUCAUUUUCACCAAAGUGCUCAUUUUGCAAAGAAGAGGGAUAGAAAAACAAAUGCAGAACUAUAUCACCUCGCUAAGGACUGUUGAGCUGGUUCGCCAAAUUAUCAUUCAGUUCCUAUUGCGACUUCUGUGUGCGCACCCGGGUUCCAAACAAGUCCUCGAUUGUCUCAGCAGCACACUGGAACAAAAUGAUACACUACUGCAUGAUCUGUGUCCAUAUAGGUGUCUUUAUUUUACUUUACUGUUUAGAAAGACACACCUGAGGGUUUUAUGGAUGUUACAGAAACAUUAUUAUUAUUACCACAUAAGCACUAUUUUAGUAAGCCUGGUUUAGUAAGUAAAAAUGCCCGCCUUAAGAAUUCAUUUCCAAUUUUUAUUUCUCUGAAAAGUUGUGGGCACAGUCUGGGGACUUCCAAGCAUGAUUCUCAGAAUGUCAGGCAUCCCAAUUUGUAUCUCCUGAGUAAACAGAGGAUAAGGUAUCCAAAUGUAGACCUUAUUUUGUUAAAAUUUCAUGUUAGUCUAUUGUUAUUUUGGGUGAAUUACAGUGUAAUUUGACACAGGUAUUAAAAUAGUAUUGUCUUGAAUGGGUGUACAUUUUUUGUCCAUGACCCUGGCUGUGAUAUACUGUCAUCUACAUACUGUACGGUCCUGUAUCCACCAUACACAUGUACACUGUUGUAGGUGCAUACCAUGUGUUGCUGAAAAACCAUUGCCUCCAAUCAAUUUGAUUCACAGCUGGAGGCAACAGGAAAUGUUAAUCUCCUUGUAAGUGUCAGAUUCUAGGGAGGGUUCAGUUCUAUAGUAAGCCAUUUUUUUGUCGACAUAUCUUUCAUUUAACAAGUGGUAUGUGAAACUUUUUUGUAUUUGUAUGUACUAAAUUUGUGAUCAGUGACAAUUACCCAUGUUGACAGUGUGAAGUUGAUAUUUCUGGUGGAAACAAAUAGCUUGCCAGCUAUGUUAGCUGUGAUUGUGGUUAAAACUAACCCUGAUCUAAAAACAAAGAACUGGAUGAUAAUAGUUACAAGUUUGCCUUAUGCGCUGUGCUUUCCUCUGAAAAAAAAAAAUACUUUUUAAACUAACUUUUCUUUCUCGAAUGGGGACACUGUACUUAAAACUCCAAAUUAAUGUGUGUGUGUGUGUAUGCCGGUCUGUGAAUGUGGAUUUUUUUAAAUGUAUUCUCCUGUGUAUAUACUGCUGUGUCGUGGUGUUGAUUAGAAUGGAUUCCUGCGAGAUUCCUUGGUUUACAUUACAACUGGCAUCUGAACUGCUUUUCAUAAUGAGCAAUGACUGUUGCAUACAUUCUCAUUGUUGCGCAUUCUCAAGGCGCAGUGUUAAGAUUUACAUGCUUCUUGUGAUAACUGCAAAAUUAACCCCUGUUUAUUACAAUACUCCAUUGAAUGUGUGAACUUUAUUAAAUAAACACAAAUCAAAAGAG